UGUAAGACCUUGCUUGAAAAGUGAAUCCCAGCCAGUGUUCAGUGGGCAUUUGAACUGUGUGUGGCUCCUUUUACCUGCGGAUCAUGCAGAGAGCUUCACGUCUGAAGAGAGAGCUGAACCUUUUAGCCACAGAGCCACCCCCAGGCAUCACAUGCUGGCAAGAUAAGGACCAAAUGGAUGAUCUGCGAGCCCAAAUAUUAGGUGGAGCCAACACACCUUACGAGAAAGGUGUUUUCAAGCUGGAAGUUAUCAUUCCUGAAAGGUACCCAUUUGAACCUCCUCAGAUCCGAUUUCUGACUCCAAUCUAUCAUCCAAACAUUGACUCUGCUGGAAGGAUUUGUCUAGAUGUUCUUAAAUUGCCACCAAAAGGUGCCUGGAGACCAUCCCUCAACAUUGCCACUGUGCUGACUUCUGUUCAGCUGCUCAUGUCAGAACCCAACCCUGAUGACCCACUCAUGGCCGACAUAUCCUUCGAAUUUAAAUAUAAUAAGCCAGUCUUCCUCAAGAAUGCCAGGCAGUGGACAGAGAAGCAUGCAAGAGAGAAACAGAAGGCCGAUGAGGACGAGAUGCCUGAUAAUCAGCCAGAGACUGGUGGCUCAGAAGCACACAGUACGACACAGAAAAGGAAAGCCGGGCAACUGGGAGGCACAGAAAAGAAAUUAUGCCCUGACGGUUAGGGGUUUGCCCUGGUCCGUCUUAGUUAUUUAUCCUUUGCCAGGGUGGUCUAAUUUACCUACCUUUCUUGAAUGUUUUUCUUUGUAUUUGAAGACAUUAUCAUUUUUGUAUCCUAUAUAAUAGACCUUGUAUAUUUUCUGCCCUACAUUGAUUCUUUUGAGUAUAGUUUAUUUAGCAUGUACAUGCAUAUUUUGAAAGCUUUUAAAUCUGAAAAAUAAAUAAUCAUUUAAUGUU